GAGGCUCUGAAUAGGUCUAGAGAACAGACUUGCGGCAUCUGCUAUGAAAUUGUUAUGGAAAAACCUGAAAGGGAAAAACGAUUUGGAAUACUGCCUAAUUGUAAUCAUAGCUUUUGUUUAACUUGCAUUCGUAAAUGGAGACAAGCUAGACAAUUUGAAAAUAAAAUUAUUAGGGCUUGUCCGGAAUGCCGUGUUACUUCUGACUUUGUUUGUCCAAGUUCAGUUUGGGUUGAUGCUACAUGUGGCAAAGAUAAACUUUUGACCGACUACAAGCAAGCAUUGAGUCAGAAGCCUUGCAAACAUUUUAAGCAAGGAAGAGCAAAAUGCCCAUUUGGAAACAAAUGCUUCUACCUACAUGCAUUGCCAGAUGGAACCAAGGCUGAUGUAGGACCCCCUGUUAGGCGAUCACGCAAUCGUGAAAUGGACAUUGACAUGGUUCAGCGUUAUGUAAUUUGGAACUACGUACGAGAACGUGAACAAGAGCGUUUGCUUAGAAACAGUCGACUAGAUUAUGUUUCAGAAAUGGAUAAUGUAGAUGAUGAUGAUUGGUUUACUGUGUACUGAGGCCUUUUAUUCUUUUAUUUUUUUAUAAUAUUAAAAUAUUUAGUCUUCUAAUUGUGAUUGUUUCUUUGUUACAAAGAACAAUUUGAUAAUUUGUUUGCAAAAGCAAUUCAAUUGUUUUGAGCUUGAUAUGAAUGAUACCGGUGAUUUAUUUUAAAUUUGGG